UGUGUGCGUGGGGCUACUGUGGUUCGCAGAGCCUGUGAAUGGAGGAAACAUCUUAGUUUGGCACACUGAAGGAAGCCACUGGAUUAACCUCAAGCCGGUCCUGAACGUUCUGAUGGACAGGGGACACAAUGUGACAGUCCUGAUUCAGAGUGCCACCAUUUUCAUGAACCCCGACGAACCCUCUCGCUUCAACUACGAACCGUUCAAUGUCACUACCUCUUCCGAGGAAAUGAAUGACUUCCUUGAGGAAUUCAUUCAGUUCUCCAUGUACGAGAUGGACCAUCUCAACCUGUUUCAGCUCCACGUGAAGUUCGUGGACCUCAUGCAGAAGGACAUGCGUCUGUCUCUGAAGGUGUGCGCCGGGCUCCUCCAAUCAGACGAAGUCAUGGGGAAACUGAGGUCAGCCAAGUACGACCUCCUGCUCGCUGAUCCCAUCUACUACUGCAGUGACCUCCUGGCAGACGUUCUGGACAUCCCUCUGGUGUACACCCUGCGUUUCUCCAACGCUUUCACCUGGGAGAGGCUGUGCGGCCAGAUGCCCGCGCCCCCCUCCUAUGUUCCUGGAGCCAUGAUAAAGUACACGGACCAGAUGAGCUUCUCUGAAAGGUUCUGGAAUUUCCUGUUUUAUGCGUCUCAGGAUGUGCUUUCGUACCACAUGUGGAGGGAGCUGGAUAGGUUCUACAGUGAGGUCAAAGGGAGGCCGGUGUCUUUUUGUGAGACAAUGGGCAAAGCAGAUAUUUGGCUGAUUCGCACAUAUUGGGACUUUGAGUACCCCCGGCCCUUCCUGCCUAACUUUAAGUUUGUUGGAGGGAUCCACUGUACGCCUGCCAAACCCUUACCAAAGGAUAUGGAGGAGUUUGUGCAGAGUUCAGGGGAAGAUGGUAUUGUGGUCUUCACCCUUGGGUCCAUGAUCAAGAACAUGACCAUGCAGAGGAGCAACAUGAUCGCCUCGGCCCUGGCUCAGAUUCCACAGAAGGUGCUAUGGCGACACGGCGGGGAAAGGCCAGAGACCCUGGGGAACAACACGAGAAUUUUUAACUGGAUGCCACAGAACGACCUGCUGGGUCACCCCAAGACCAGAGCUUUCAUCACACAUGGUGGAACCAAUGGGAUAUACGAGGCCAUCUACCAUGGUGUUCCCAUGGUGGGGAUCCCCUUGUUUGCUGAUCAGCCCGACAACAUGGUUCACAUGAAGGCCAAGGGAGCGGCCGUCAUCAUGGACUUCAACUCCAUGCAAACCCAGGACCUGGUGGACGGACUCAAAGCGGUCAUUUACGACCCAUCGUACAAGGAGAAUGCCAUGAGGUUGUCCAGGAUCCACCAUGACAGGCCCAUCAGCCCUUUAGACAAGGCCGUGUUCUGGAUCGAGUUCACCAUGAGGAACAAAGGAGCGAAACACCUUCGGGUCCAGGCUCACCAGCUCGCCUGGUAUCAGUACUCGUGUCUGGACGUGCUGGCCUUCCUCCUAGGCGUCACCCUGCUCCUCGCCCUCCUCUUCGUCAAAACAUGCAGCUUCUGCGUCAGGAAGUGCCUCGACCGUGGGGGAAAGCCCAAAAGCAAGGCAGACUGAAUCCACUAGGGAACGAGACAUGUACUUUUUAUAAUGUUUGUUUUUCCACAACAAAAGGCUUUGCCUGCUCGUUUGAGGUUGAAAGAUUCUGGGGUUUUUGGUCACAUGCUUGUCAGUUUGCACAGCACACCUUGUGUAUGCUCAUUCAAAAGAAUGUGCAACCAAGCCAACAUUUUAUAUGGGGCACACUUCACAGUCUGUAUAAUUACACUUAUUGUUAUCAGGUGUGCAUUUAACAUUGACCCAAUUUACAUAAUUGGCAAGAGCUGGUUAGAACCCAAUUAUAAACAAUAUCUCUAUUGGAAAAUAUAGCCAAGAAUCAAUAAAUCACACAAUGUUUAUACUGCAUCUUUACUUUCACCAUAUCAAUCCAAGUGUUCCUUAAUUCAUAUAUAGUAAAUUAUAUACCCAAAUAAUAAUUGCACAGGCAGUAGGGACAGUUUAGACAAAAUAAAGCCUCAUA